AUGGGAUGUGUUCGUAUAUCAUUGGGUGAUGCUAUUCGAUAUAUAUUAGAAAAACAACGACAUACAAUUCUUGCUAAAGAAAUGCAUGAAGUACUUGUUAAAGGUAAUGAUAUAAUACCUGAAACAGCAAUUCGUUGUUUGGAAGUUGCACUUAUGAAUGCAAAAUGUCAAACACGAGGUUUUAUUCUUGAUGGAUUUCCUUUAACAAAAAAACAUGUUGAAUUACUUGUUGAAAAAGGUAUUAUUCCAUUUAAAUUAUUCGAAUUAGAAUGUGAUUUAACUGAGUGUACAAUACGAGCUAUGAAAGAUCGUACUGAUCCAAAUCGUCAAUUUCCAUUACCUGAUAGUCCAGAAGCUAUAUCAUAUAAAAAUGCUAUUUAUCAACAUGAAAUUGUACCUGUACGUCAAUGGUACACAGAAGAACAUAAAAAUUGGAUGAAUAUUAAUGCUAAAAAUAAUAAAUGGUUUAUUUGGGAUAAAAUAUUACAAGAAACAUCGAAUGUAACAAAAAAAAUUCAAAAUUAUAUUGAAAGAAAAUCAUUAAAUAAAGCAGCUAGUAUUGUUGAUUUAUGUAUUUCACCACAAGAAUUAUUAAAUCGUUUGGGCGAAUAUGAACAUUAUUGUCCAGUAUCAUUAACAUUACGUGAUGAACUUGUUGAUUGUUCAGCUACUACAAAAACUGAUCAUGUUGCCGAAUAUCGAGGACGAUAUUAUCGUAUGGCUGGUCCAAAAGAACUUCAAUUAUUUUUGGAUGAUCCUGAACGUUUCGCUCCAGUUGAACCUCGUAAAAUAUUACCAGCACCAAAUCGUCGACCACAUCGACGAACUGAAGCAGAAGCGAAAGCAAUGUUUCCAAAAUCUAUUGAAUUUGCUAGUUAUUGUCCAGUAACUUAUCUUGAUGGUGGUAAAAGAUACGAAUGUGUUGUUCUUGGACAACAAGAAUUUGCUGUUGAAUAUCGUGAUAAAUUAUAUUUUCUAUUAAAUGAAGAAGCACGAGAAAAAUUUAUGAGACAACCCGAUAAAUAUUGGAAUAUUCGUUUACCAAAUAAACUUCCUCCACCAAAAACUCCAAUUGAUUUACUUAAUUUACCAUGUCUUGGUUAUUUAGAACAAACAAUAGCAACAGCAAUUAUUAAAAGUUUAACAGCUACAGGAACAUUUAAACCUAAAUUUCCAUUUUUAUCUAUUCAAUCAUCAGCAUUAAUCUAUAUGGCAUAUCAUCUUAAAGCUUAUAAUACAAAAUGUUCGGAUUAUAUACGACGAAAAUUUCGUAGAAAAUUAUAUAUAUUUGAAGAGCAAUGUGAACUUAUUAGUUAUUUAGCUGAAAAAACAACUAUACGUUAUAAAGCACCAGAAAAAAGAACACCGGAAUAUAAUGUCAAAUAUGAAACAUUUUUUGCCUUACGACAAAAUGUGCCUACAUUAAAUUGGUUAACAUAA